AUAGCGAGAACUUAAUAACCCCCAAAAUUAGGUUUCUCUUUUGGUUUUGUUUUGUUCUUUCCCGACAAGUCAGAUAAAAAAUGAGGGUCACUUUCGUUCUUUCCCAAUGAUGAAGAAGUUGACGAUUCGAUGUACUACCUUGGAUCUUGUGGAGGUGGAUCCGAUCUGUGGCAUGGAGUCUGAUUUUAUACGUAUGAAGCUCAAGGAUAAUAAUGGAUGUGACGGUGGCCGCCCGUUAAGUCUUCCUAUCCCAGCCCACACCCUUGUAAUGGUUCUUUACUACUGUAAAAAACGUGGCAAGAUCAAGCUUUCUCAUUAUCAGGGCGACGAUGACGAUGAAAACCUCUCCGCCCAACAGCUCAAGGAAUUCGAUACCAAAUUUGUCAAUUAUAUCCGUCUGUAUCCGGAUUCCUCUGUUUUCUUGAAUAUAUUCGAUGCUGCAUUAAAGCUCCGUGUCAAACACCUCUAUGAUCUGAUCCUUGAUGAUGUUGCUAGCAUCUGCGACAAAUUGAGUGCUAAAAAGUUGGAAAAGACCAUCCAAGUGGGCCGUAUUUAUGGUCCUAAGGAUAUAACAAGUUUCAAUUGGGCUUAUUCUAUAAAUGCUACCCAUGUCAAAUUGGACACACCUAUAUAAGGAUUCGGAUAUUGUUGCUGUUUCUACCUUAUAGCUAGUAGAAGCUUUGUUGUGUUCCAGUAUUUGCCGUUAUUAUCUUAAACCCAUUACUCUUAUGCUCAUUUUGGUAUGUUAAUCUUCUUUUAAGCA